GAGGGAUGCACACGGAGCAGAGCUGCUAUAGAAGGACUAAUCACUAAUCUCUUCGUUAAUGCGGACAACCUGUGUAUGCAGUGGCAUACAUUACAAGGAAGCUGUGUGACAAGGACAUACAAGUUGGUGUUCAGUGGGGUGUCUUGGUGAAGUUUAGUUUUAUUUUAAAGUUUUUGGAGAAGUUUUGUUUCUAGGUUUGAGUGUUUGUGUUGGGAUGGAAGUUUAGCUUUUAUGUGUAGGUGCAGAAACCAAGUUCUGUUAAACAAGAAACCAAGUUUUGUUUAUAUUAUAUACGUUUGGAUUUAGGAAGAAAGGUUUUUGUAUCUAUGAAAGGAGUAGUGUUUGUCUGAGUGUGUGUGUGUGUGUGUCUGUUGCCUACCAUGCCUUUGCCUCCGCCUGAUGUCCCGGCCACUCAGAGGCUGGCACUGGACUGUCGUACCCUUCUGGACCAUCGCGUUGGCAAGGGGGUUUGUGGCUGUUGCGGGGCACUCAGGCCUCGGUACAAGAGACUGGUAGACAACAUCUUCCCAGAAGAUCCAGAGGAUGGUCUGGUCAAGGCCAACAUGGAAAAGCUGACAUUCUACGCCUUGUCAGCUCCAGAGAAGCUGGACCGUAUCGGAGCCUACCUGUCUGAGAGGCUGUCAAGGGAUGUGGCUCGGCAUAGAUACGGGUAUGUGUGCAUAGCCAUGGAAGCCCUGGACCAGCUGCUGAUGGCAUGUCACUGCCAAAGCAUCAACCUGUUUGUGGAGAGCUUUCUGAAGAUGGUGCGCAAGCUUCUGGAGUCAGACAAACCCAGCCUGCAGAUCCUAGGAACCAACUCAUUUGUAAAAUUUGCCAACAUAGAAGAAGAUACGCCAUCGUACCACCGCAGUUAUGACUUUUUCGUGUCCCGCUUCAGUGAGAUGUGCCAUUCAGGCUAUGAGGACCCAGACAUCCGCACCAAGAUCCGCAUGGCAGGUAUCAAGGGUCUUCAGGGUGUGGUGAGAAAGACAGUCAAUGAUGAACUGCAGGCCAAUAUCUGGGACCCUCAGCACAUGGACAAGAUUGUCCCCUCUCUGCUUUUCAACCUGCAGAGUGGAGAGCGUACCGAGAGCCGCUCUCCCUCUCCGCUGCAGGCAUCAGAGAAGGAGAAGGAAAGCCCGGUGGAGCUGACGGAGCGCUGCUUCAGGGAGCUGCUUGGACGAGCCGCCUAUGGCAACAUCAAGAAUGCCGUCACGCCCGUGCUGAUGCACUUAGAUAACCACUCUCUAUGGGAGGGAAAGACCUUUGCAGUGCGUUGCUUCAAGAUCAUAAUGUACUCCAUUCAGUCCCAGCACUCACACUUGGUAAUCCAGCAACUUCUCGGUCACCUGGAUGCGAACAGCAAGAAUUCAGCCACGGUGCGAGCUGGGAUAGUGGAAGUCUUGCUGGAAGCAGCUGCCAUUGCAGCCAGUGGUUCUGUAGGUCCCACAGUGCUAGAGGUGUUCAACACCCUGCUGCGGCAACUUCGUCUGAGUGUAGACUACGAGCUAACCGGCUCAUAUGACGGCAGCACCAACAUCGGCACUAAGAUCAUCAAAGCUCACGAGGAGAGGCAGCUGCAGGAGGCUGUAAUCAGGACCAUUGGUUCAUUUGCCAACACUCUACCAACUUACCAGAGAUCAGAGGUCAUGCUCUUCAUUAUGGGAAAGAUCCCUGUUCCUGGAAUUCACCUUACUUUGCCCUCCUCGGACUCUGGGCCUGAGGGUACCAGGAUGAUUCAGGUUAUGUUACUCAAGUCCUUGGUCCAGGUAACUGCAGGUUUCCAGACUACCAACAUGCUGACAGCGCUGCCCAGCUCUUUCUUGGAGCCCCUGCUGUCCUUCUCUCUAACCGAGGAUCCAGAAGUCCGUCUGUUGGUGCUGCAAAUCCUCCUCAGUCUCAUUGACAGGCAUGAAAACAGGCCCAAGUUUGCCAAUAUGAGCAGCAUCUCGGACAUCUCUGUGCUGAAGCUCAAAGUUGACAAGUGCUCCAGGCAGGACAAUUUAUUCAUGAAGAAGCAUGGCCAGCAGCUAUAUCGCCACAUCUACCUGGGCUGCAAGGAGGAGAGCAGUGGCCGGGAGCACUACGAGACCCUCUUUGCCCUGUUAGGUCUUCUCAGUGUAGAGCUGGCCAAUGAAGAGGUGGUGGUGGACCUGAUUCGCCUCGCACUUGCCUUGCAGGAUCUGGCUCUGUCCACCGACGAGGCUCUGCCUGUUUAUAACCGCUGUGCUGUUCAUGCCCUUGUCGCCGCCUACCUCAACCUCAUUUGCCAGCUCACCACCGUCCCAGCCUUCUGCCAGCACAUUCACGAGGUAAUUGAGGUGAGACAGAAAGAGAGUCCUUACCUUUUGCCCGAGGCCGUCUUUGUUGACAGUCCAAAAUUGCAUUCUUCACUGGACAAAGUAGAAGGAAGUGUUUUGUUCCUCCAGUCAAAGAUCACAGAGAGCCUUGGAGGAAGUGGUUAUAAUACAGAGAGACUCGCCACACCUUAUGUCCCUCAGUAUACUGAUGAGGACCGUCUGUCCAAGAGAAAGAGCAUCGGUGAGACCAUCUCACUUCAGGUGGAGGUUGAGUCCCGAAAUAGCCCAGAGAAGGAAGAGAGGACUCCAGCAGAGGAGAUCACAUUUGAAACCCUGAAAAAUGCCAUUGUGGACAGUGUGGGUAUGGAGGAGCAGGAGAGGGAGCGGAGGAGACAAGUGGUGGAGAAGUUCCAGAAGGCCCCCUUUGAGGAGAUAGCUGCCCACUGUGGUGCCAGGGCCACACAACUGCAGAGCAAACUAAAUCAAAUCUUUGAGAUCACAAUCAGACCCCCUCCCAGCCCAUCUGGAACCAUUUCAUCAGGUUACGGCCAAAGCCAGAGUCGAUCUGUACCCAUUUACGAGAUGAAGUUUCCUGAUCUAUGUGUUUACUAAACCACAAAGUCUUCAGCAACGUAAGCGUACAGUAGAGCCUUCAAGGACAGAGAAAAGAUUUGAAAGGGCAACCGAUCCUCACUGUAAAAUCGUCUUGACCGUGGAAUCAAACAGCCACAGUGCACGUGGGACAAACUCAGCUGUAACUAAAGAACACCUCUUAGCUGUCUGAGAUUUUAUUUUAGCCUCUGAUUGCAACAAAAACAAGCUCACCAGUGUCUAUAUUGAGCAGGAAAACAAACGUAUUUCACUCACUUCUACUGCAUCAGUUACUCAUCCCUAGAGACUGGUUAGGGACCCCUGGCAGCCAGCGGCCUAUUGGGAAUGAUAUGCAAUCCCCGAUCGGUUGGCGAGUGGUUGCUGGAAAUUGAUGGCACUUGCCUGGUGAAAUUGGUUGCAAAGUUCACCUUCAAAUAAAAGUUGUGCCUAAUUGCUGAAGCCAACAUGUCUCAAAAGGUGCAGCUUUUACUUUGAAGACAAUUUCAUAGCUGCUCAGUAAGUAGUUGGCGAGUGUUUGCAGUUAAGCUGGUGUCUUCUGUGCAAACUAAAGACAACCUCCUGCAUCUGCCACCAACUACUUGCUGGCAGUUUUCUGGCAUAUUCAUGUCUCCAGGUGGUCUCAAGAUGGUCUCCAGGUGGUCUCCAACCAGUCUCUAGGCCUGUGUGACUGGGGACUGGGAUGUCUGUAGAAACUCCACUGGUUGGAUUUUCAAAUUAGAAAUUGUCAAGAACUGUGAGGGGAAAACUUGACCGACUGGAUGUUAUUUAUUGUCUUGAGAAUGAGUUGAGUAGUCGCAUGCCUGCGACUGGAAACUUUUUGAUAGCACUAUUAUUCUUGUGCAUUUUUUUAAAAACUUGUUUGUCCCUUCCAGGGUGCCAUACUACCUUUGAUCACAAAAUUAGAUUGCUAGACUGCUUAUUAAUAUUAUUAUUUUUUAUUUUUUUCAAUUGUUUUGAUGACCAGAAAGAGUGUUUGUGGAAACUGAAACAUUUUAAUUUACUUGAUUGUAUUUGUGUGUAUGUCUGAUUGUUGUAUAGACAUAAAGGUAAUUAUCCUCA